AGCAAUUGCGAAAGAUUCUUGGCCCAAUAAAACAGACUGUAAAGAAUGUAGAGUUUCAAACCACUUUGUUGGCAGAUGUAUUUAUUGAAUUGGUAAAAAUAGCAAUUUCAAUCCAAGAAACUUCUGUUUUAUACAAUAAUCAGUUCUGUUAUAACCGAUUAACUACAAAUUAUAUUUUUAGAUUAAGUGUUAAAUGUCUAAAGAUUAUGGCUCAGAUGUAUUCAUAUUUAGUUGAGAAUACCAAAUCAGAACUUAAUUAUAUUGAUCCAAAUAUUUGCCAAAAGGAUUUCUUAUUAGUGUUCAAUAAAAUUAUAAUAUCUAUAAAAGAUGAUACUAAUUUAUUUAGCAAAGAAGAUUUGUUUUCUUUUCUAAAAGAACUUAUAAUGAAAAAAGAUACAGAAGAGUUUUUAGAAGAAUUAGAUAACUUAGUUGAAGAAAAUUCAACAAGUUUAGAAGUUGAAUAA